AUGUUGAUUUCUAAAAUAAUAAUAUUUUCCUUGAUCUCGGGUCUCGCAGCGCAAAAGAUCUGUACUUUCCCCACAGCUAAGAUUAUCAACGGGAAACUAAAGGUACAUCGUGUAAGUUGCUGCGAAGGUUACAAGCAAGUAUGUGCGGACCCUCUCGAGUGCGUGCCAAUAUGCAAGGUAUCAUGCAGAAGUGGCACCUGCACGGAGCCAAAUGUGUGCACCUGCAACAAAGGCUAUGUCAAUUUCAACAAUGAUAGAUCGAAUCGAUGUGAUCCCUUCUGUAAGGGCUGCGAUAAAGGAACCUGCCAAUCGCGUGGCCGUUGCGUCUGUUCGAAUGGCCACCAGCUAGACAAAAAAACCAACAACUGCAUUCCCCAAUGUGCCAGUGGUUGUCCCAAUGGCAAAUGCAUAAAGCCUAACAAGUGUGCGUGCAACAAAGGAUACACGUUGAAGGACACCACCCAGGUGUGCGUGCCAACCUGCAACGAUAACUGCGAGAGAGCCUUUGGCUUUUGUGCUGCGCCGAAUCGUUGCCAGUGCAAUAAAGGUUACGUUCCAAAACCCAAUUCAAAAUCGUUUGCCUGCCAACCCGUCUGUGAAAGUGGCUGUGAAAAUGGAGUUUGCCGAGCUCCUGGUAUCUGCGAGUGCAAUACAUUUUAUCGAGAAGAUGCUGAUAAGAACUGUGCUCCCAUCUGCGAUAAAGGUUGCCCAAACGGAAAAUGUACCGCACCAAACGUAUGUACGUGUAUGGCGGGAUACACGAAAGUCGGGAACAAUGCCUGCGUUGCUGUUUGUACGGCGGGUUGCAAGAACGGAGUCUGCGUGGCGCCGAAUGUUUGCUCAUGCGACGCAGGGUACGCUAAGCGGGAAGGUGUGUGCACUCCAGUAUGCAAGGAUGGAUGCGAGAACGGCCUCUGUGUUUCUCCAGAGAAGUGUUCCUGCAAUAACGGAUUUGAAAUGGAGAGUGGUAGUGAGAACAGGUGUGUUCCAGUGUGCACAGGUGGAUGCAAGAACGGAUUUUGUGCCUCUCCCGGAAAGUGUUCUUGUAAUAAAGGAUACAGCAAGGCAUCGAAUUCUACUUGCUCACCAGUUUGCACGAACGGAUGCGAGAACGGCUUCUGUGCUUCACCAGAAAAGUGUUCCUGCAAUAACGGAUUUGAAAUGGAGAGUGGUAGUGGGAACAGGUGUGUUCCAGUGUGCACAGGUGGAUGCAAGAACGGAUUUUGUGCCUCUCCAGGAAAGUGUUCUUGUAAUAAAGGAUACAGCAAGGCAUCGAAUUCUACUUGCUCACCAGUUUGCACGAACGGAUGCGAGAACGGCUUCUGUGCUUCACCAGAAAAGUGUUCCUGCAAUAACGGAUUUGAAAUGGAGAGUGGUAGUGAGAACAGGUGUGUUCCAGUGUGCACAGGUGGAUGCAAGAACGGAUUUUGUGCCUCUCCAGGAAAGUGUUCUUGUAAUAAAGGAUACAGCAAGGAAUCGAAUUCUACUUGCUCACCAGUUUGCACGAAAGGAUGCGAGAACGGCUUCUGUGCUUCACCAGAGAAGUGUUCCUGCAAUAACGGAUUUGAAAUGGAGAGUGGGAGUGAGAACAGGUGUGUUCCAGUGUGCAGAGGUGGAUGCAAGAACGGAUUUUGUGCCUCUCCAGGAAAGUGUUCUUGUAAUAAAGGAUACAGCAAGGAAUCGAAUUCUACGUGCUCACCAGUUUGCACGAAAGGAUGCGAGAACGGCUUCUGUGUCUCUCCAGAGAAGUGUUUGUGCAAUAACGGAUUUGAAAUGGAGAGUGGUAGUGAGAACAGGUGUGUUCCAGUGUGCAGAGGUGGAUGCAAGAACGGAUUUUGUGCCUCUCCAGGAAAGUGUUCUUGUAAUAAAGGAUACAGCAAGGAAUCGAAUUCUACCUGCUCAUCAGUUUGCACGAAAGGAUGCGAGAACGGCUUCUGUGUUUCUCCAGAGAAGUGUUUGUGCAAUAACGGAUUUGAAAUGGAGAGUGGUAGUGAGAACAGGUGUGUUCCAGUGUGCAGAGGUGGAUGCAAGAACGGAUUUUGUGCCUCUCCAGGAAAGUGUUCUUGUAAUAAAGGAUACAGCAAGGAAUCGAAUUCUACGUGCUCACCAGUUUGCACGAAAGGAUGCGAGAACGGCUUCUGUGUCUCUCCAGAGAAGUGUUUGUGCAAUAACGGAUUUGAAAUGGAGAGUGGUAGUGAGAACAGGUGUGUUCCAGUGUGCAGAGGUGGAUGCAAGAACGGAUUUUGUGCCUCUCCAGGAAAGUGUUCUUGUAAUAAAGGAUACAGCAAGGAAUCGAAUUCUACGUGCUCACCAGUUUGCACGAACGGAUGCGAGAACGGCUUCUGUGCUUCACCAGAAAAGUGUUCCUGCAAUAACGGAUUUGAAAUGGAGAGUGGUAGUGAGAACAGGUGUGUUCCAGUGUGCAGAGGUGGAUGCAAGAACGGAUUUUGUGCCUCUCCAGGAAAGUGUUCUUGUAAUAAAGGAUACAGCAAGGAAUCGAAUUCUACUUGCUCACCAGUUUGCACGAACGGAUGCGAGAACGGCUUCUGUGCUUCACCAGAAAAGUGUUCCUGCAAUAACGGAUUUGAAAUGGAGAGUGGUAGUGAGAACAGGUGUGUUCCAGUGUGCAGAGGUGGAUGCAAGAACGGAUUUUGUGCCUCUCCAGGAAAGUGUUCUUGUAAUAAAGGAUACAGCAAGGAAUCGAAUUCUACGUGCUCACCAGUUUGCACGAAAGGAUGCGAGAACGGCUUCUGUGUCUCUCCAGAGAAGUGUUUGUGCGAUAACGGAUUUGAAAUGGAGAGUGGUAGUGAGAACAGGUGUGUUCCAGUGUGCAGAGGUGGAUGCAAGAACGGAUUUUGUGCCUCUCCAGGAAACUGUUCUUGUAAUAAAGGAUACAGCAAGGAAUCGAAUUCUACUUGCUCACCAGUUUGCACGAAAGGAUGCGAGAACGGCCUCUGUGUUUCUCCAGAGAAGUGUUUGUGCAAUAACGGAUUUGAAAUGGAGAGUGGGAGUGAGAACAGGUGUGUUCCAGUGUGCACAGGUGGAUGCGAGAACGGUUUCUGCGUUUCUCCAGGCGCUUGCAGUUGCAAUGAUGAAGAAAUGUGGAUAUAUGCAUAUUUCUGCCAAUUUAUGGAUUUAUUCGGGGCAUUGGAACUUUUUCCUCAUGAGGGCAAUACCAUUGAGCAUUUGAAGUGGUUAUUUAUUAUUACUGGUAUAAUAGCCUUCCUCCUGGCUGUGGUGAUAGCCAUUAUGAUGAUGUGUAUUUUCACGAAACGAAACUUAUAUGUGGACAAGAAUGAAGGGAAAUUUGACGUAUAUAUUUCUCGGAAUAAAGUGCCCUCGAAUGUCGUCUUAAACUAAAAACCAUUUAAUAUUUUC